UGCUUUCAUUCUGACAUCUUGAAUGAAAAGAGCAAUCAGGCUGUGCAAUUCCUCUUCUGAGUUAGACACUUAAUUGUUCAUUUCCAUCAUGUCGGUCUCAGGUGCAAGCUCUCUUAGCUGGGUAGCUUCUUCUUCCCAGAAAUCUGGUUAUUCACUUUCACAAGGAGGAGGUUCUGCUUCUGCUGCUGCGGCUGCUGGGCUUUCUGGCGGUUUGUCUCGAUUGAGCCUAGGAGGAGGAUUAGGAGGAGGAUUAGGAGGAGGAUUUGGCGCAGGUCUUGGUGGAGGUGGCGCAGGUUUUGGUGGAGGACUAGGUGCAGGACUUGGUGGUGGACUAGGAGGUGGACUAGGCUUGGGAGGUGGUUUAGGAGGAGGAUAUGGGGGUCUUGCUUUAGGUGGUGGUGGAUUUGGAGCAGGUGGAUUGGGAGGAAGUGCAGCUUUUUCUUUGGGACGCUCUCUAACAGCAGGUGGACUAAGUUCAUCUCUGGGUGUUGGGCCUGUUAGAGGGCCACAGUUGCUAUCAAGAGCCUCUGAAAAGCAAACAUUGGCAGGAUUAAAUGACCGUUUCUUUACCUAUGUAGAGAAAGUAAAACAGUUGCAGCUAGAGAACCAAACCCUUAAUACACAGCUGAACCUUCUGACAGGGGGGACAGGUGUUCCCUCUUCAGACUCUUCAGGAGGACCAGUAAAUUAUGAGGUUCAGCUAACUGAUCUGAGAAACACUGUUGAGUCCUUAACCCUUGAAAAUGUACGAUAUGAAAUUGAACUUGACAACAUCAGAGGUGCAGCAGAGGAACUCAAGACUAAAUAUGAACUAGAGCUCGGGGUCAAAUAUCAACUGGAAACUGACAUUGCAGCAAUGAAAAGGGAUAUUGAAUCUGCUUCUGAUCUGCGCACUGCCCUGGAACAGAGAUUUACAGCUGCUUUGGAUGACCUUGAAUUCCUUAAGAAGACACACGAAGAAGAAAUCUCCACACUACAGAGCAAGUUGGGUGCCGCAGCUGAUACUUCAGUGUCUCUCAUUGAAGUUGACGCAGUCAAAUCAUUUGAUCUCAACGUUGCAUUAAACAAACUGAGAGGAGAAUAUGAGAAAUCAGUUCAACAACACAAAGAAGACGCCGAAACAUAUUUCAGAGCUAAGAUUGAAGAAAUAAAUACAGAAUCGGCAAAAACAUCAGAAGUUGUUUCCUCCAUAAAAACAGAAAUCACAUCCUCAAAGAAGGAAUUACAAAGCUUAAACACUGAAUUACAGUCUGCUAUCUCUGUGAAUUAUACACUUGAAAGCAACCUAGCAGAGGUAGUCGCAAGGUCUAGUGUAGGAGCCGCAGAAUUCCAAGCCCAGAUUACCAGCUAUGAAGCUGCUAUAGAGUCGGCAAAAGUAGAACUCCACAAAAUCAUUGUAAACUAUCAGGAGCUUCUGGACAUCAAACAGGCCCUUGAUGUAGAAAUUUCCACCUACAAAAAACUCUUGGAAGGCGAAGACAUCAAAUUUCCAGAAAUCGAAGUGUUAUCAGGAGGGACAUACACCUUCUCAUCUGACUCUGGCUUCACAAAGAAAGACUCCAGUUCAUCUUCAGUGGCACAGCUAAGUCUGGAUGGAUGGACAAAAUAGGAAUUGUUCUAGAACAAAUCUGAAGCUCAUCGGUCUAUCAGCAUUUCCUCUCUGAAGAUGAGGAAGAGGAGUCCUCUAUGCAGCACAAAUACAUUUGCUUCUCUGUUGCUUGUCUAAAGAAACUUACCGCUAAUUCUGUUUCAUUAGUUUCUUUACCAUGUAACGUCUCACGGUAUCAAUAAAUCCGCUGAAUUUGAAA